GUUUGUUUAUUUAUUGUUGUAUGUAUUAUGUAGCCUUCAAUCAGGGCAUUGCUGCAAAAGAGCCCUGUGCUCAGUCAAUUCUCCUUGAAUAAACAAUGAUGAUGAUGAUGAUGAAAAUCUCACAUUUCCAGCGCUCAGUCACCUGUCUUCCUUUAAGUACCUCUUCCAAGAGAGAGGAGUCGCUCCUCCCCUGGUGUUUGACGUCACAAGACAGUGGCAUCACACAUGGAACUGAUCAGCCCCAACCCCAGACCAGUGCGUGCUGCUGACAGUGAACGGCGCCCGUGGCAUACUUCAGGGACUUGUGUGCGCUCGUACUCACUCAAUGUAUCGCUGUCAUUCAAAGAUAAUCUACUUGACCUGAUCUACUGUGUUUGGAGUUUGUGGCAUUUUGUAUUUUAGUAUAGUUUUCAUUAUAUUCAGCGGAAUUACAGCUCGGGUGGAGAUGUCUCGGUCUGUCCUCAUGAAUCCAACUUUUCUACCUCCAACUCACGGGGUGCUGAAAUCUCUCCUGGAAAAACCGACGGGACUACCCCUCCGCCAUGAAGGGUUUGGAAAGGAGGAGAAGGCGAAGUCGCUGGAUGAUGAGGUCAGCGCAGCCCCGCAGUCCGCCUUCCUGGGGCCCACUCUGUGGGACAAGACGCUGGCGUACGAUGGCGACAGCUUCCAGCUCGAGUACAUGGACCUGGAGGAGUUCCUCUCGGAGAACGGCAUCCCGUCGAGCGAACAGAGCCACCAGCAGCCUCUUCCGCCGGUCCUGCCAUCGCAGACUCCGUCCUCGGUCAUCACCAGCACCGCUAUGCCUCCUCACCGCUGUGUCCUCAACACCGUACAGCCAGUGCUGCCACCCCAACGUGACACCCCCAGCCCAAUCGACCCCGAGAGCAUCCAGGUUGCCGUGAGUUACGAGCCGGACCCCGCUGACCUGGCGAUGUCCAGUGUGCCGGGUCAGGAGAUGUUUGACCCACGCAAGCGCAGGUUCACUGAGGAGGAGCUGAAGCCGCAGCCCAUGAUCAAGAAGGCCCGCAAGGUCUUCACCCCGGAUGAGAUGAAACAGGAUGAAAAGUACUGGGUGCGUCGCCGGAAGAACAACAUGGCGGCCAAGCGCUCACGCGACGCGCGCCGCCUCAAGGAGAAUCAGAUUGCCGUCCGCGCCAGCUUCCUGGAGAAGGAGAACUCCGCCCUCAGACAGGAAGUGGCCCAGCUCAGGAAGGAAGUGGGUCGCUGCCGGAACAUCAUGGCCAAAUACGAGUCCCUGUGAGGGGCCACCCCUCCAUACAACUGAACUCUGACCUUUCAACCCUGACCCCAUACCUCCCUUCAGCACGCAUACAGACUGCACAACAGCACUGCGGUUCUCUGGUUCUCACCAGCCCAGACAGCAGUGGACACUGGAACAGACCUGAUAUGGCCCUGAUAUGGCCCUGAUAUGACCCUGAUAUGGCCCUGAUAUGGCCCAGGUUUUUUCCUAAAUACUUUCGUACGUUGAGGGACCCCUGGCGUGUGUCCGACCCCCUGCCUCAGUCCUGUCCACAUCAGGCCUUCUUCUCCAGAGCAGCCCCCACACACGCACACACACACACACACACACACACACAGCAGUACUUCUCUGUAUCCCAGCUCCUCCUGCCUAAACCCUUUUUCCAGUUUUAUAUUUUCUGUUUUUUCCACACACCUGAGCAGCUCAGAAAUCUUGACUUUGUCUCUUCUCUGUUUUCUGUUUCUUGUUUUCUUUUGUUCUGUACGCGGUGUAGAGUGCUGUUGUAGUUCAUGAUGUCUGUUUUCUGUUUCUUGUUUUUCUUUUGUUCUGUACGCGAUGUAGAGGUGCUGUUGUAGGUUAUGAUGUCUGUUUUCUGUUUCUUGUUUCUUUUGUUCUGCACAUGGUGUAGAGGUGCUGUUGUAGGUUAUGUUUAUUUGUUUGUUUGUUUGUGUAUUUGUUUAUUCAUAUUAUUUUUCUUUUCUUUUUCUUGCGUGGAAAAAUCUAGAAAUCCCAAGAAAUCCCAGGAUGUUUGUACAGCCUCCCCUCGUGUUGGCCAGUGGUGAAAUUAAUGUAAAAG